AUGUCUGCCGCUUGUGGAAAUUGGACUGGGGGCUCGGGCACGGCGCCGACGUUGACGAAGCCAACCAACAAGAGCAGAGGCGGCCUUGGACGACGACGACGGCUUACUGAACUCAUGCCUCCGGUUUCCGUUUCGAAAGAAAUCAAGUGGGUGCGCGCAACGACCAGGCUCGCCGGCCAUUCUCGCGCUACGGCGACUUCGCUAGACCAGACAAAGCAAAUUCGUCGAGUCGUCGGCCAAGUGGAUUCGUCAAGAGGAGGCCAUGUUGGUCGUCGCUGGGCAUUUCGUAGUCAGCCACCGCGAGGAACCCACUCGUUCGCCAUCGGAAAGCCGGGGUUACAGGCAUCACCCCUGCUCAGGGGCGACGAGGCUUCAUUUGCCAUGGCCUGA